AUGCAUCCUCCAACACGACGACGAGCGGUCGCAGCAGCAGCGUUGGCGCUCGUGCUGGUCGCCGAGCCAACGUGGGCAUCCGUGGGAGACCGCUCUCCAGCGUACCAGCGCUGCACGGCCGUCUGCCGCCAACAACUCUGCCGCGACGCUCCCUCGAAACCGUCUUCCGUCCCGCCAGACUCGCAUCUCGCCCCGUUCUCUGCCUACUCGCCAAGUCUCUUGUGGCCAUGCGAAGCGACGUGCUCCUACGCCUGCCAGCAGUACCUGACCGACCUCGCCCUCUCCCGCUCUCCCCGCCCUUCUCUGCGCGAGGCAGAACCAGGCGGCGCUCUCGAAGGCCUACCCAUCGGCCACCAAGUUCAGUUCCACGGCAAGUGGCCCUUCCACAGACUCGACUUUUCCUCCCUCCCGCUCGUGCCCUUCUUUCCCUUGCGGCUGCUCGGCCUGUUCCUCCCGCGCCUACAAGAGCCCCUCUCAGUCUUCUUCUCCCUCGCCAACCUUUACGCACACUACCUCGGCCUCCAGUCCCUCCGCACGCUCCGCCGCCGCGGAAGGAUGCAAGAAGGACGUCGCCUCGCGCGAGUGUACGAAGUCUACGCCUGGACCGGCCUGAACGCCUGGGUCUGGUCUGUCGUCUUCCACACGCGCGACGUGGACUGGACGGAAAGGGCGGAUUAUUUCGCUGCGGCGGCGACGAUGGUCGCGGGUCUUUGGGUUGCGGUGGUGCGGAUCCAGGGGUGGUAUGCGUCCAGUUCGAAGGGCAAGACGUUGGCUCCUUCUCAGCGCCGCGCCGCACUCGCAUGGACCGCCGCACUCGUCGCGCUUUUCCUCCUCCACUGCGCCUACCUCGGUCUGAGAGACCGCUUCGACUACACCUACAACAUGCGCUUCAACAUCCUCGUCGCCCUCUCAACCAUCUUCCUCUGGGCCCUCUGGUCCCUCGCCCAAUCGCGUCUCCCAACCCCAUCCAACUUUUCCCGCCGCCAACUCUCCUCUUACCCCUCCGCCCGCUCGCGCUUCCGUGCACCUCACUACCUCUCCCCUCUCCCUCCUCUCCUCCUCCUUCCCGCCCUCACAGCACUCGAACUACUCGACUUCCCACCCGUAGGUCCGGCCGGACUGCGGUUACUCGACGCACAUGCGCUCUGGCACGCAAGCACGGUACCCGUCGUCCGCAUGUGGUACGCGUUUUUGGUGCGCGACGUGAGGUGGAUUGAUGGACAAGGAGAAGGAGGAGAUCCCAACUCUCUUUUGCCGCGCGUUCCUGCUGCUGGUCGACGGGCGAGGGAAGGAGAAGCGGAGGGAGGAGCCAAGUGGGUGCUCGAGAAGGUUUUGAAGGAGGGACGGAGGAUGACGGGGUUGGGAACCGGAGGGGGGUUGGGGAUCUUUGGGGGUUUUGGGGCGGCGGGCGGGGAGUCUGUGUCGGGCGGCGCAGGGGAGGAUAAGGGAGGAGACGGGGCGGAGGCGAGUACGGAUGGGAGAAGGGACUAG